AUAAGAUCCUGUGAUACAAAAUUGCUUUAUUCCUUGCAUAAUAAGUAAAUUAUUAAAAAUACAUUUGAAAUAUUAUUUGGAUUCUAAAUCUAGAUCUAGUAGAAUAUGUUUUAUCUAGAUUAAAGAGUUAUGAAGUUGGAGGAUUCCUUUGCAAGCAUGUGAACUGUUUACGGCUCUUCCUACACUUUUUCUUUAUAGAGUCUCAAGACACACCCACACGGAUACUAGGAACUACAAUGUCAACAAAAAGCAUUAAAAAAACAGACACGGAUAUUCUGACGAAUCAAUUUUCUUCAAUUAGAUCUAGUAGCUGGAGUACAACUAGAAUGGCAACCGAUAAAAUACCACUAUUUCCAAAGGCAAAGUCCAUGCUCAUACACAGUGGGAACAUAAUUAAUUGGAAUCGGCUUAAAAGAAAGCCCAACCAGAAUUCAACUGAUGAGGUCCUUGAAUGUAUCGGUAACACAUUGGGAGCUUACCUGGAGUCUGCAAAUAAAACAGAUCUACAGUAUGUUCAGGAGAUCUACAAAGUCAACACAGAAAAUGUUCAGGUCCUUGAUGAAAAUGAACGAGAUGAUGUCAAAAUUACUGUGAAAGUAUUUAUUUGUUCACCUCAGCCUCCAAAAGUUAUCACAGAAGUUGUGGAUAAAGUGUUAAAUGAACUGGGGACAAGCUUUGUGGAGACACUUCUCUUGUCUAUAGCUCCAUUCAGUGAAGAGGAAGAAGCAGACUCAUCAGUUCCAACUUUGAAAGUUAUCCAGCCCUACUGGGAAGAAAUGGAGCAGUUGGUAGCAAGCGACAAAGUUCUCUCCCUAGGUGUGUGUGAUCUCAACAAAGAUGCAUUUGAGGACCUUUACAACUGGGCUAAGGUCAAACCCAGCAUAGACCAAGUAAAUUUGGAGUCUUGUUGUAUCAUGCCAAAAGAUUUAACAGAAUAUGCCAAGUCCAUUAAUGUUCAGUUGUUGACUCACAAUGACAGGCCAGUUUUUAUUCCAACUGACAAGUUGAAGGAAACGCUACUGUCAGUUUCCACAGAGCGUGACAGUGAACACUGGAACCCUGAGUGGGCUGCCAGGUAUUCAGGGAUCUUGAAGUGUCGUGGGAUCAUAUCAAUGAAAGGUUACAUCUUCCAUGCGACAAGAAACAGGAAACAUUAAAAAAUAUGAUCUGAAUUGUCAAGAAAUUUAGAUAUUACAUAUUUUUUUUUAAAUUUAUGCCUUAAAAAUUUGUGCAUAGCUUUUUUUGUAAAAAAGAAUAUUUUUUUGUUGAAAUGUCUAGAUUAUAUAGAUCUACUUGCAAGUUUGUCUCUGUCAGCCUUUUAGAUAUGAGUUAUAUUUUUUGAAAGUAACUGUUUUUUAGCUAAAUAGAAUAGUUGGAAAGCAAGUAUUUUGAACAUAUCAAAAUGUUUUAGCCUGUUUAGAGAAGCUGAAUUUUCAAACAAUGUCAAGAGAAUGUUAAAGACUUCAUCAUUAAGUUUUUUUGUUGAUAAAAAAAAAAGUUUAAAAAGAUUAAGUCACAAUAAGAUCUAUUAAGUUUUUCUAUCUAAAUUUUAGCAGACACUGAUAGUUUUAUUGUCAAAAGUUUUCCACAAUUUUUUUUCAACUUAUGUGGGACCAAAUAAGGUGGGCAACACUCAUUAAAGGUUGAACAAAUUCUUUUAGAGUCUGAUGUCAUGUUAUUGGCAGGUAUUAGUCAGGUUGACCUCUUGACUGAUUCUCAAAUUCUCUUAAUGAGGUCAAAGGUUCAUGUAAUUAAAGUCACAAGAUAAAUAUGGGCAUCAUCUUGUUGUUUGGUUUUCCUUUUUUUUUUUUUGAGGAGGUGUCAUGGUAAAAUCAAGAAGUUGGCUAGUUGCCAGAUGUGUAAGAAUGACCUAAGCAUUAAGAAAAGGUUUCACGAGGUCAAUUUUCAACUUUCAUAAAAUACAAAUUAUUGAGCAGGAUAUUAGUAUGAUAAAAAAAAUCACUAACAAUGGACUACAUUGCAAAAUGCUACAUAUCAGACAAAAUAUUUUAAAAUACAAUUUAUAUUAAUUUAUCUAAGUAAAUCAAUGUGCUAAAAGUCUGUACGUUCUAUUUGAGACAUUAAAAUUAUGAUAUUAGAUAUUUAGAUAUACUAAAUAAUAUUAUAUCUUGAACUAACAACCUAGACAUAUAUUAAAAGGUUUAUUUGUAUGAGGAUGAUUCAACUGCUGUUUUUUUUUCCCAAAUUAGUCAGUUUCCACUUGAUAUGUCAGUAAUUUUAUUCUAAUUCAUAUAAGUCAUUCAUUAGGAAAAACAACACUAUAGAUAACAUGCACACAUUUCAGGAUUGAAGCAACAUAAAAAAAGGGGCAAUAAGAAUGUUCAGCAUGGUUAUCUUUCCAUUUUUUAAUUCAAUCAAUGAGGGCAAAAAGAAAAAGUUUAUUUUUUGAAACAGAAGGCAAUAUUUUUCUCAAAAUCAAAUUAAACAGGAUUAAAAAAAACAACUUAACUGUAUAUUUGUAAAACAAGGCUUAGGAAAAGGAAUGAAUGCAUGACUUGAUUAUUUGUAAUAGCACAAUAUGUUGCUUUUUUUUUUAAAUAUUAGAUAAAUGCACCAAUAUCAUGAUAAUAAUAGGGUCAGUGCUUUUAUCAAGAAGAUAGCUCUCUGUCAAUAAUGUUAUUUCUUGAAAAUUUUAUCUUUAAUUUAAAUACAUAUUUUAUGUUUAAAUGUUUUAGUUGAAACAGCUGUUAAAAAUAUUUAUGUUUCUCUUUAUUUCUCUUCUUUUCUCUUUAUGUUUAUAUUUUUCUCUUUUAUCUCCAUGGUAUUAGUUUUACCUUUUGUGAUUACAAUUCUCAAAAUGUUUUUAAUUAUACAAUAUAUAUUUUUCAAUAUACUGGUAUAUUUUUCCACAUUUUGUUGAGAGGCUUAAGGUCAAGGUUGCUGCAGUAUAGCAGUAUAUUUCGUUUCGGUAGAGGUGUCAUGACUAAAAUCUGUGCUUUAACGUUUCACUGUGCUUGUCAGAUAUAUUUGAUUAUACCUACACCAUUAUAAUCAAGUUUAGUUGUGUUUACAAUCAGCUUUAUAUUCUUCGGAGCCUUUAAUUUGAAAAAACAAAAUGUGAAGGCACCUUUUUUAUGUAUAUAUAUAUAUAUAUUAGAGCUGCUCAGGUUCCAUGAAUACUUUGUUAAAAAUCUAGUUUCUUUGUUGUUCUCAGUUCUGUGUGAUAUCUCCAAUUUAUAAAUGUAUUUUGUAUAUAUUGUUUCAAAAUGCUGAAUGAAGAUCCAACAUGUACUCAACUCAUACAUUUAUUUUUUUCAAAUGUUUGUUUUUUGUCUUUCACAAAUAUAUAUAUAGGUCAGUCUAGUUUUCAUUCCACAUUUCAACUUACAUCUUAAAAUGAAACAAAUGUUUUGACAAGGAAAACUUGCAGCCAUUCCAAUGACUAACUGCAUUGGCUAAGUUAAACUACCUUUUGAUCAAUAGUUUUCAGCUUAUAAUAAAUCCUUUCUAUGAAAAGAGUUUCCGACCACUGUUUUCAAAUUAACACUUAAUUUAGAAAUACGUUUCUGACCACCGUUUUCAAAUUUUCCCAUCUUAAUUUUGUAUUGAUGUCUUGGAACAGCAGGUUUAGAAACACUGGCUAAGAAUGUCUUCCAACAGUUGGUUAGGUGACCAUUUGAGCUUUAUUGUGUUUUAUUAUCUCUGGUAUUUGUCCCUCGUGUUAUUAUGAAACUACAGCUUUCUCUGCAUUACACUGUCUUUGAAUGAUGUACGCUACAGAUAGAAGCUGUAAGAAGUUGUAUAUAGUUUACUUACUUUGAUUCAAAUGCUUUAGUGACCAAGAGUUUAAUUUUUCCUCUGUUAUUUUAUUGUCAGACAAGGAGUUACACCUAUUUAUAUAUUAUUUAUUGUCAGUUUGCUUCAUCAUAAGUAAAGUUUUCAUCUAGUUCAGCCAUUUUCUUUGCUGAAGACAAUGUUUGUCCUAUUAGAUUGACAUAGUGGUGUGAUUUCAAUAUCACACAUCUGUAAAAUCAGUUUUUUUAAAUAAAUGUUCACACUGUAGAGUGUAGACCUAACAUUAUCACACAUUUAGUAAAGAAAUAAAGUACAAAGUAAAUAUUUA